AAUCGUCCAUCCUGCUUAGAGAUCACUCCAAAUGGACAAGUGGAUAUGGAUUUUUCUGGCGUUUUCUCUACAUAUUAGCCACAUAGACUGCAAUGCUGUCUGUACACGAUGGAAAACAAUAUACAAGACAGCAAGAGUGUGGCGAUAUGAAGAUGUUCUAAAAACUGGUACAAGGAGAUGUGGAUUUUUGUAUCUUUCCCACUGUUCAUAUAACUAUUGGGAGCUGGAUCAUGUCCCACAUGUUAAGACUGUUGAAGAUGAAGAAGUAGAAUACUACUGUUGUGAUGGGUUUCGCAAAAAUUAUGCUGGUCUCUGCAAGCCAAUAUGCUAUCAAAGCUGUAUCAACGGGUUUUGCUCAGCGCCAAGUACAUGUAGCUGCAACUUUGGUUACUCAUACAAGUCUCAAUACGUCUGUACUCCAGUGUGCAGCAAACCUUGUCACAACAGCAUCUGCUCACAUCCAGAAACCUGCUUGUGCAAUCCAGGAUUUGUAAAAGAUGCUUCGGACAAGUAUACUUGCAUCCCGUUUUGUUCGAAGGGGUGUAACAAUGGGAAAUGUACCGGACCCGAACAAUGCACUUGUAACGAUGGCUACAAGGAAGAUCAAGAAGUUUGUAAACCGAUUUGCAGAAAAGAAUGUCAAAAUGGAGAAUGCACCGCACCAGAAACCUGUUCAUGCGUGUUCGGAUACAAAACUGACCCUAUGGAUAGAUACAACUGCACCCCCGUUUGUAGCCAGCCAUGUCAAAACGGAGUUUGUUCCCAGCCUGAAGUUUGCUCUUGCCACAGAGGACAUGAGAAGGUAGAUCAAUAUUCUUGCAAACCUGUGUGCUCGAAGGAAUGUCAAAAUGGAGUGUGUACAGCGCCAGAAAUCUGCACUUGUAACAAAGGCUACGAGAAAGAAAAUGACUACAUUUGUGUUCCUAUCUGUUCCAAGAAAUGUGAAAAUGGAAUCUGUAGUGCACCUGAAAUAUGUAGUUGUAACGCCGGAUAUGAACUGGAUCGCUCAGAUGUCUACGUUUGUAGACCAGUCUGCACUGGUGGCUGUACAAAUGCUAACUGUACAGCACCUGAAACCUGUUCAUGUUUUCAAGGCUAUGAGAAAGGUUUGGAUCCAUCAAAAUGCAAACCAGUUUGUGAUCAGUGUGUCUAUUCAGACUGUACUGCACCUAAUGAAUGCUCUUGUCACACUGGAUUCGUUAAAGAUGAAAUAAGUCCUAAUCGAUGUAAUCCGUAUUGCUCCAAGAAGUGUGAGAAUGGAUUUUGUUCUGCACCAGAAGAAUGCACUUGUUAUGAGGGUUUCACCAAAAGUGAUGCAUAUGAAUGCAUACCAGUUUGCUCAAAAUUGUGUGUCAAUUCUGAAUGCACGUCACCAGAAGUCUGCACUUGCUGGGCUGGCUAUGAAGCGGAUCACCAUGACGAAUACUCCUGCAACCCAGUUUGUUCAAAAGAGUGUAUAUUUGGAGAAUGCAUGGCACCUGAAAUCUGCAAUUGCUUUGACGGAUAUAUCCGCUCUGAUGAUCCUUAUAUUUGUGAACCUCAUUGUUCUUUACCGUGUGUGAAUGCCAACUGUACAAAGCCGAAUGUAUGCCAAUGUCUGGAUGGAUAUAGGAAACAAAGCGAACAUAUUUGCGAACCAGUUUGCUCUUUAGGAUGCAUUAAUGGUAACUGUAUUGAACCAGAAGUGUGUGAAUGUCUUGCUGGGUAUGCUUUCUUCAGUCCUUAUGUUUGUGAACCGGUUUGCUCUGAAUGCCAGUUUGGCUCUUGCGUUCUUCCAGAAGUUUGCCAUUGCUGGGAGGGCUAUGAGAAUCUAGGAAAUGAAUCUUGUGUCCCAGUUUGUCAAGAGGAUUGUGUCAACAGUGAAUGCUCAGCUCCCAACACCUGCACUUGUAUAGAAGGGUUUGUCAACUCUACUGGUAAUUCAAGCUACUGUUCUCCUUAUUGUUCAAGAGACUGUGUUAAUGGUAAAUGUGUAGAUCCUGAAACUUGCGAGUGUGAUCCAGGCUUCAUAGAGAAUUAUGAAGAUUCGUUCACUUGUGAGCCAUACUGUUCUGAAGAUUGUAUUAAUGGAGUCUGCUCUGCUCCAGAAACUUGUAGCUGUCUUUUGGGUUUUGAAGGGUCAAGCAAUUCGUCCAACUGUACUGAUGUAAAAAGCUCUUACCACCAGUGUUUUGCCACAGGGGAUAUUUCUAUAUCAACCGGUUGCUCGAGUCAGCUUAUUGUUCAUGAUUUGGAAUGUCCUUUAUUCAAAAUUUUGAUAGCUAAGUAUGUGCAAAAGUCAAGUCAAGCUAUUUUCAAUCUAACUUGCUUUUUUAACUACACAUCUGAAGAUUCCAAUGAUAUUGUAGAAGUAGAAUGUGUAACAGAAGAUUUCAAGCAUGAUAUAAUCUCCCCAGACUUUGAUAUUUUGUUUCAUUCAACCGCACAAGUAUCAGAAAACACUGACUCAACAUUCUGGAGUGAAACUAAAACGGCUUCUACUACAGAUGUGGUAUCUACUGAAGAGUUUUCUGAAACAUCUGAAGAUUUCAGUACACUUAACUACUUACAGUUUAAUAGUAUGGAUUAUGAAGAAUUGAAAAUCAAAUCGACAACAGGAGAAUUUACUAAAACAACUGAAGAUUUUGGUCCAUCGAACUACUUACAAUUCAACAGUAUGGAUUAUGAAGAAUCGACAACAGGAAAAUUUACUAAAAGAUCUGAAGAUUUCGGUCCAUUGAACUUCUUACAAUUCAAUAGUACGGAUUAUGAAGAAUCAACCAUCGAAUCUACAACAGAUAAUGAACAAAUGAUGGUUGACAAUGUGACUGCCUUUGAUUUUGAUAGCACACACGAUUAUUAUAGCACAUAUGACUUUGAAUAUUUGAGUACAAAUGAUUAUCAAUCUAGUGAGUUUAGUACAUAUUCAACGCAAAUUACAAAUACAGAGUUUCAUCAAACCAGUACCAAAGAUUAUGUUAAGUUGGCGAAGUUCACUCUCAAAAUAAACAAUGUACCUCUGAUUGUAAAAGAAAAAAUGACUGAGGAGUCCUUUGAAGAGUUCCUAAAGAUAGAUAAACUUAAAUCUGAUUGGUGUGUUCGUUCAAUUGCAACAUUUGGAGAUUCCUGUGGUGGGAGUUUUGAACUUCAGAUUAGUUUUGGAAAGUGUUUCAAGGCUCCAGUAAAUUUUGUGGAUUUAGAUCUCUUUGCCGAGAUGACCAAGUCUUAUUGGUACAUACUUCUGUCAUUAUUCCUUCUGACCUUUGCAGUUAUUUACUUUUCAAUUCAAAAAUGCUGGAAAAGGAACAGAAAAGUGGACUACAUGAUGACAGAGUUAGAGGAAGAGAUGAAAAGAAGAAGAUUGCCGGAGAAGCAUGUCACACAAGAAUCAGAGCUGUAGUGUACAAACCAAUUUUUAAAGGUCAACUUUGCCUCAAUUAAUCAAUCAAUCAAUCUUUAUUUGCUGUAAGAUACAUAACAUAUCAUUGACAAAGUAUGUAAGGGGUUACAGUUUUCAGACCAAGUCUUUACAUAAAUAACAAAAUAUUCUUAUAGGCUAAAUAUUUACAAUACAUAAAUUCAUUACCUCAUUACAAUUCACGUCAAUUAGAGUGUCAAGCAGAAUGCGGGAAGAGCAAAUUGUGCAUUCACACUAAAAUUUCCCUCCCACCUUAUAUGGUACAGUCAUAACAAAAAUUAAUUGUCAUUGACAUAGUCAUGGUCAUAGUUUAUUCAUAAGUAUACAUAGUAAUACAUGAAUUGCACCAAUAAAGUAAAACUAAUGCUUAAACUAAGGUAACCAUUUUAAUUAUUCUAAAGAAUAUACGGACAGGUCUAUAACUAUUCCUUGACACUUUUUUAAAAAAAUUACUGGGGGAUUCUUCCGUUUUAAUUUUGAAAGGGAUGCAUUAAAAAAAUAUAUGCCCUAAAUUGACAGUCUGUUUGAAAGCUCUUAGUUAUAAUUUCCAAUUACAAAAUUAGUUUUGUUGUGUGAAUCAUAGUUAUGAUUGCUUAAAUUAAUUUAAUGAUUAAAAUUUGUUUUUGUAAAACACUAUACAGUCAAGAACAUAUUAUAAGUCAUACACAGUGAGGGUUCUUGAACUUCUAAAGUGUUCUUUUCUUUUGCUGAAUAAUUGUUAAUUUUUAACAUAGCUCUGAUAGAUUGCUUCUGAAUUGUCAACAUUUCUUCAAGACUCCUUUUAGAGGUAGCUCCAUAUAUACUAUACCAUGGGAUAAAAUAUGGGAAUAAUAUAUAUUUUUUAAAACUUCAAUACUGCAUAGGAUUCUUUGGAAGAAAAUUGAAUUUAUUAAAUAUCCCUACCGGGAAGCGAGCUGGUCUAGUGGUUGGAGCGCGGGACUUCGGUCUUUAGGUCCUGGGUUCAAAUCCGCCAAAUCACCAAUGGAUUUUAUCUUAGUGAUAAUGCCACAACCCCUAGGUCUAGCCUGAAGUAAUUGUGAAAAACAAUUCCGGGCUCGUGCAUAGCGUCCUAGGACAAAAAUAAAUCCCUACCUCUUGUGUUUAGAGGUUUGAAUCUCAAUUUUGCUGGGAGCUUUCCCCUCAUCUUUCCCUAAAUGCCAUCCUAAUUGAUCCUAAUUUUUUUUAUGUACCAACUUCACAGCUAAGCUCUAGCCUGAAACUGUUUUACAUAUUACUUAAUUCAGAUUAGAGUAGAGGGUCAGACAUAAUAGAUGAAAUUCAUUAGUGAUUGGAGGGAUUUAAACCUGGGACCUCGGGCUCUGAAGCCUACACUCUACCACUAGACUGCCUCUCUUCUAGUUCUAAUUGAUAGUAUAAUCUAAAGCUGUGAUAGUUGUCAAUAACGUUCCUAACUUUGUUUGGUAAAUGAUUACCCUUCUAAUGUCAAGUAGUGUUCUAUUUUACAAGUAGUACAUUGGAUACAACUUUUGCACAAACAAAUCAAUCUAUAAAAUUACCACUUAUUUUCACUGUCAAUUGCAUUUAAUUUAAUUAAUGAAUGAGUGGACACUUUUUGUAU